CACAUGUUGUUUUUCUCCAGGAUCAGAUCAGUCCCCCGGUCUGGUUCCGGCUGCACUGUUGCUUCUACCGUGGCGGACAGAGGACGCAGCUUUCGGUGUCUGCGAUGGAUUAGAUUUUUUUAUUUUUUAUUUUUUUAAACGUGCAUCUCUGUGAAGUAUUUAUUUGCUGCAAGUAAAAGACAAGGAACAAGGAGCUUGCUUAUCUGGAACCUGGGGGUAAAAUAAGAGACGUGGAGAAGAAAUGGCAAGUCCUCCGGUGACGGGAGCGCACCUGUUACCUAAUGGGAAGAACGGCGUGAAGAAGUGCGGGUACCUGAGGAAGCAGAAACACGGACACCGGCGCUUCUUCGUGCUGCGCGAGCCAACCGAGCGCUGCCCCGCGCGCCUGGAGUACUACGAGAGCGAGAAGAAAUGGAGGAACAAGUCCCCCGCGAAACGGCUCAUAACUUUGGACUCGUGUCUGUGCGUAAACAUGCGGGCCGACGCCAAGCACAAGCACCUCAUCGCCCUCUACACCAAGGACGAGUACUUUGCCGUGGCUGCGGACAGCGAGCAGGAGCAGGAGAGCUGGUACAUGGUUCUGACCGAUCUAAUAGCUGAGGGGAAAGUGUACGACAGUCCCGCUUCCACCUCCUCUUUAGUGGGCUUUGAUGAAGCCAGCUACGGACUCAUUGCCCCUGCAACAGCUGCGUAUAAGGAGGUGUGGCAGGUCAACUUGAAAUCCAAAGGUCUGGGUCAGAUCAAGAACCUCACUGGAGUGUACCGGCUGUGUUUGUCCAGCAGGACCAUCAGCUUCGUCAAGCUGAACUCUGAAGCAGCCGCUGUCAGUUUACAGCUCAUGAACAUCAGGCGAUGCGGCCACUCGGACAGCUUCUUCUUCAUAGAGGUGGGUCGCUCGGCGGUCACCGGGCCCGGGGAGUUCUGGAUGCAGGCGGAGGACUCGGUGGUGGCGCAGAACAUCCACGAGACCAUCCUCGAGGCCAUGAAGGCCAUGAAGGAGCUGUCUGAGUUCAGGCCGCGGAGCAAGAGCCAGUCUGCCAGCACCAACCCCAUCUCCGUGCCCACGCGGCGCAACCUCAACAACCUGCCCCCCAGCCAGACGGGCUUGGUGAGGAGAUCCAGAACAGAUAGCAUGGCAGCAAUGUCCCCAGGGAGAAAGUUUACGUCCUGCAGGAUUAGAACGGCAAGCGAGGGGGACGGAAGCGUGACCCGGCCCGUGUCCAUGUCCAUAUCUGUAAACGGGAGUCCCACCAGCCCAAACUCUGGGAACCACCUCAUAAGGUCCCACACCCUCAGCAGCGGGCGCACCUGCAGAAUGCUAGAUUCCUCCUCCAACCUGCACCAUAGCCGUUCCAUGCCGGUGUCCAACUCCCCACCGGGCACCUCCAGCCCCAUCAGCAUGUCUCCCAGAGGGGGGGCCAGCAUCUCCACUCCUGACAAAGCCAGGCGGCCUUUCAGCUGCAGCGCUUCAAUCUCCAGCUCCCUCAGUGACACUGGCUUCAUGCUGUGUGAUGACUACAGCUCCAGCCCGGGUGAACUCAGAUUCAUCCCCCUGACCCGCAGCGACACCCCCGACUCUCUGUCCAGCACGCCCCCAUCCCGCGACAUCUGCGACCCUUGUGGCUACAUGAUAAUGGAGGGGGCGAACGGGGCUGGCGGCGAUCGUCUGGCACAGGACAAGGCUUACAGGAAACGGACGCACUCCCUCACCACACCGCGCCAACAGAGGGUGGUGGCGCCGCUGUCGUCGGCCUCCCUGGAAGAGUACACACACAUGAGGAUGGCCCACGGACUGAACACUCACUCCGCCUCGCCCAAAGUGUGUUACCCCGAGGAUUACGGAGACAUUAAAAUCGGUUCGUCCAGGAGCUCCAGUAGUAACCUCGCCAGUGAUGGCUACAUGCCAAUGACGCCAGGCGUGGCAGCCCAGGCGGGCAAGGUAGACAACUACAUGCCCAUGAGCCCCAUGUGUGUCUCAGCACCGAAGCAGAUUGUGAACCCAAGGGUGCAUCCUCAGGCGCCUGCCGGCGGUGGCUACAAGACCAACUCCCCCUGCAGCAGCUCUCUAGAGGACAGCGGCUACAUGAGAAUGUGGUGUGGCUCCAAGUCCUCCAUGGAUAGCCCAGACAGGCACGGUGAAUACAUGAACAUGUCACCUGGAAACCCACCUCCACUCCAGACGCCCCCCGACUACUACUUGGGCCUGCUCACGGGGGAACCAACAUUCGUGAGGUCCGUCCAGGCCGGCUCCCUCACGCUCCCUGCUAAACUUCAAGCCUCCAAAAAUGAGGAAAUCAGCCAGUACGUGUUGAUGAGCCCUCAGAGUUUGAGGCAGAGGGCGGGGGAGUCGGACUACUAUUCAGUGAUGCAGCCCAGUGCAGCACAGACCUCACCACUGAGCCCCUCGGUACCCUCCCCUGUCAGACUCGGCCGGGCGGAGAACCUGGCCUACAGAGGGCGGCUCGGCAGGCCUAACCGGCUAUACCUGGACACCCUGAGGACCCUGCCCAGCAUGAACGAGCACCCCCUGCCCGGAGAACCCCGGAGCCCCGGAGAGUACAUUAACAUUGACUUCAGCGGCAUCAGAUUCUCCCCACCCUCCGUCGUCUCCACAGAGAGCCAGUCUUCAUCGGCGGACUCCAGCGGCGGGGGCGCGGGGAGGUCCUCUCUGACAGACUACAUGAACCUGGAGCUGGGCUCACACUCACCCAAGGAGACUGACACUCCCGCUGAACACUUGGACACACUCCCAGAGUUAUCCAUGUGCUCAGAGGAGGGUGGAGCAUACCAUCUGGAGAGUGAGAAAGGGUCUCAGGGCCUCGGUGAUGAGGUGAAAAAUGACUACACUGAGAUGACAUUUGGGAUGACCAGCUCCCCUCCACAGCUUGUUCCUCACAACACAGCAAGCUUCCAGAGCAGCAGGGAGAGCAGGCUCUCUCUGGAAGACCAGGGAGUCCCAGAAGGCAUCGGGGCCUUCCUGCUCGGGGCCACCUCCUCCUCCACAGUGGACCCCGACUGCUCCGCCAAGGUAAUCCGGGCCAACCCGCAGGGGCGCCGGCGCCACAGCUCCGAGACCUUCUCCUCUACCGCCACCGUGACGCCGGUCUUCCCCUCCUUUGCCCGCGGCGACGCGAUGAAGAGGCACAGCUCGGUGGAGAACAUCUCGUCCCGGAGCAGCGAGGGCUCCGACGAGGAGUACGGCAGCCCCGUGAACCGGCAGAGCUCGGCCGCCUACCCGAACGGGCUGAACUACAUUGCCUUGAACCUGCUGGACAACAGGGACGUGGAGAAAUGCGAGGACCUGGCCGGCUUCAAACCCACCAGCAGCUGCAAAGGGGGUAUCAAUGGAUUACACAGCUCGCCAUAUGUCUGUUUGGGAUUCAAGGAGGCUGCAACCACUGCCAAAGACUGAAGGACCCCUCUAUCCUUUGAAUUGACGUCUUCACCGACCUGCUGCUCAGAGAAAGAAAAAGAGUCCACUCUGCCCGUCCACUGGGCUCUGUGGCCCUAAAAGACUGUCUGGACCCUCAGCAACAAUCAUACACACACACACACUUAGGAAACAAGCAGGUCACCGUCUAUGCAUGUCAUGAAUUUCGCUGAAGGCAGGACAAGUGUGUUUGUGUAUAUGUGUAUGUGUGUGUGCGUCUCAUGUUUCCUGCGCUUUCAGAGGCCCUCUCACCUGUGACCUACAUUUUGGCGCAAGCACAGAAGCAAAGAUAGUCAGAUCGUAACAAAACUCUAAUGGUACCCAGAUUCUAUUUAUUUACCUGAGGGCAGUUUUAUGACUGCCUUGUGUGAGUGCGAGUGUGUUUCUGAGACAAAGUACAACUAACCGGUAUGACAAUGAACAAAGAAACUUACUAUACAAAUGGCCCAGGGAGCGAGGAUACCAAGGUACACGGAGAAUAUAACUAUAUUUAGAUUAACAAGUUAUUUAUUUUUGGAAGAUGAAUGUCUGAUAAGACCUACCCAAUGCCUUAAUGUCUAUACUGUCUUUAUGUUUUCUAUGAAAUAAGAGAUAAAUAUUCUAUUACGGUAUGUCUGUUUGGACCUACAUCUCUAUAUUGUUGUUCUGUUGUGGAACUUAAAAAGCUUACCAGUAAAGAUAUUAUUUCAGAAAUAUACAGCACAGUGGGGCUGCUUGAGAUCUGAUUUGCUGUAUUGAUAUUAAAGUAUUUUCUUAAUUACUAAUUUCUUAUUUAUUGUAACUUAAGUUUUUUUUGUCCAAUCAAAGCGCUGGACUUAAAGAGUUAUAUUUCUAAAUGUCGUUAAGCGUUAUGCAUGUCUUUAUAACUCAGCUCAGACCCCACAGCACCAGGCAUCUGAAUGCACUGUACCUCCCACAGUUCCUCAGUCACUUGAGCCCCUAAGACCUCACACACUCCUACCUUCAUACCUGUACGGCCUGCCGUUGAGCUUGAUGCAGGCCACUCUGCUGUGAUAUCAUUGGACGGUACAAUUGUAUAGUUGAGGUGACGAUGGAGGGGGUGGAGCCGAUGAAAAAUGACACGUUUGGGGCACAGUGGAGACGUUUUUCUGGUCAACCAGUAUCGGCAGUGCUGGGCAAUCGCUGACAAAGUAGAGGUAGACAGGCCAACACAUCUGGCACCAUCAUGGAGGGUCACUGGAAAACCAGCUGUCUGUAAAAUAUAGCUCUAUUGCAGACAAAGAAUUUGAUCUAGCUGAAGAGAAUUACGUAAUGUUACAAGCUAAAGCAAAACUAUGUAACUAGCCUAUAUCACUAAGUGACACCUAUGUAACUACAAUUACAGGAUAAUGCUAAAACAAAUUAUAAUAUUAGCGCACAAGAAAAACAGCAGCCACUGUGGCCACAAGUAGCAAGCUAUUUCAGGAUAACUAUAAAAGCCAACAGAUUGCUACUAUUAGCUAACAAUAGCUAGGCUACCAUAAGCUGGGGUGUUUCACUACUCAUAAAUUCAACUUUUCAGUAGUUGGAAGAAGAUUGUCUUAUAGCCUUCAAAAGAUACACAGUCUCGGAAACUAAAACUGUGACUCUCCGAAAUGGCCGCCAGACGUUUAGUUAACAUCAACUGAAAGCCCUCUGUAAUGUCCUGACUGUUUGGUCCUCGAGUCGUCCACUGUGCCAACUCCAACAGGCUCACAACCCCCUUUAUUGUACAUUAGAUUGUAAAACUUUUAACCAUGUCUGAAUGUAUCGCUGAGCUCGUAGGAACACCACAUAAACAUAUCGUGGGUAACUGUUUUUGACAGAGUUGAAUAAUAUUGGAGCUGUACCACGCUAAGUUGUGGUAUCUAUUUAUCUACAGAGUCUUGAAUGUGUAUAUUGUGUACAUAGAAGAGUUUAACUAAAAACAAUCUAUUGACAAUACAUAGUUCUUAGAUUUUACCGAUGUUGCAAUGAUAUUCCUGUGUAAAGAUUUUGGCUACCGAUUUUUAAAAAGGGGAUCGGGGUUUUUGCUUUUGGGGUUGUACAGUGUAUUGUAUGCUUUUCUCCCUCACAGUCCGACUAUAUGAAAAAAAUACUCUGUCUAUUUUAUUAUAGCGAUCUCUUGGCCUUGUUGACUCACUUUACCUAAUGGCAUAUGCAAUAGUGACAUGAAUACAAUCUAGUUUACAACCGUGGAACCAAAUGUAACUUUACAUUGAUGAUUUUUUUUUUCCUCUUGUGGCGAGCAGAAGCUGUUUUGCUCCUUGUACAUUUCUCUUUCUGCCAAGUGUUUUGUUUUUUUGUCGCUGGGAACUUUGUUCUUCACGUGUCUCAAAGCGCUUUACCCAUUUCUGUGACCAUGGACAGACAGACUGAUCUUGGAUUGACUCAGUCUGAAUGCGUCGUUGUCUUCCAUUGUACAUAAUUCAAUAUACUGUUUAUUGUGAUGCUCACAAGAGAUGAUUAUAAUGAUUUAUAAAUUCUGGUAGUCGAGUAUUGCUUUCGUCUGUAUCGAUUGUGGAUAGCAUCCUACAGAAAUAAAUGAAUUUAUUUAAAGAGGUA